UAGGGCGAUAUAUUAAUCAAUCAAUCAACCAAUCAAAAUAUUUUGAACCGGAAGUCAACAAGGACUGCAAUCGCGUGUCACUCUUCCCUUUUUUCUCUACGAACUCGUCAUGAAACAAAGUGGCAGCCCGGAACUACUUUUCCCGGCGUGCAUUUCGCCACUCCCGUCGCCCUCAAGUCCGGCGGACAGACUCGUGAAUAUGGCGCAGCCCUUUCCUGCGGGGCAUCCUGGGAAUUAUAGUUUGUUUGUUUUUUAAGUUUGUUUGUUAAUGGGCUGUCACUCUGGGAGGUCGCGCCCAUUUCCCAACGUGUGUCCUGCCUGCGCAAGUUAACUUCGACGCCAGCGAAUUCUGCUCGUGGCUUCUGCAGCUGCUAGAGAACCCGAAGGAACAUGGGGGCCGAGCUGUAAGAUCCCCGUGAGACUCUGCAAAGCAAGCGAGGGAGACAGAGGACAGCGCCUGUGGGAGGACCCCCCCCCAAAAAAAAAGGCUGGUCGCCCACCCACUCCUUUGGAUCGCCAGGAGCCUUCUCGCUAAGCGCCAUGCUGCUUCCUGCUUGCAAAGUUUCCCGUCAAGCACAUCGUUGUCUGUAUGCCUUGAGGUCAGCAGGAAAAGAUUGUCACCUGCCUUUGUGCGCAGCACGAUGGGCUUCUUCCACUGUGCCACGUAUCACCACCCACUAUACUAUCCACCCCCGGGACAAAGACAACCGGUGGGAAGGGAUAAGCAUGGAAAGAUUUGCAGAAGAAGCGGAUGUUGUUGUAGUUGGAGCAGGCCCUGCAGGACUUGCGGCAGCUAUCCGACUCAAGCAGUUAGCUAGCGAACACGGCAAAGAGGUCCGCGUGUGCCUUGUGGAGAAAGCUUCUCAGAUUGGUGCCCAUACACUUUCUGGAGCUUGCCUUGAGCCACGUGCCUUAAACGAACUUUUCCCAGAUUGGAAAGAACGAGGGGCUCCACUGCAUACCUCUGUAACAGAAGACAAAUUUGGAAUAUUAACAAAGAACUCUAGAAUCCCAGUUCCUAUUCUUCCAGGCCUUCCGAUGACUAAUCAUGGGAAUUACAUAGUUCGUCUCGGGCAUUUUGUGAGCUGGCUGGGUGAACAAGCAGAAGCGCUUGGUGUUGAGGUCUACCCAGGCUAUGCUGCAGCUGAGGUUCUUUUCCAUGAAGAUGGCAGUGUGAAAGGGAUUGCCACAAAUGAUGUUGGCAUCCAAAAGGACGGGGCACCCAAGGCUACGUUUGAAAGAGGCUUGGAGCUGCAUGCCAAAAUCACGGUGUUUGCAGAAGGUUGUCACGGACAUCUUGCAAAGCAGUUGUACAACAAAUACAAUCUAAGACAGAACUGCCAACCCCAGACUUACGGCAUUGGGCUUAAGGAGCUGUGGCUUAUUGAUGAAAAGAAAUGGAAAGCAGGAAGAGUGGAACACACUGUUGGCUGGCCUUUGGACAGACAUACAUACGGAGGAUCAUUUCUUUAUCAUCUAGAUGAGGGUGAACCGCUAGUAGCUUUGGGGUUUGUGGUCGGUUUGGAUUAUCAAAAUCCUUACUUGAACCCAUUUAAGGAAUUUCAGAGGUGGAAGCACCAUCCAACUGUACAGCCUACUUUAGAAGGUGGAAAGAGAAUCGCCUAUGGUGCCCGAGCACUUAAUGAAGGUGGCUUCCAGUCCAUACCUAAACUCACUUUUCCUGGUGGACUCCUUAUUGGCUGUAGUCCAGGUUUCAUGAAUGUUCCUAAGAUUAAAGGCACACACACUGCAAUGAAAAGUGGUAUGCUGGCUUCGGAAGCCAUUUUCAACCAACUAACGAAUGAGAAUCUCCAGUCAAAAACACUGGGACUUGAUGUGCCUGAAUAUGAAGACAAUCUGAAAAAAUCCUGGGUAUGGAAAGAACUCUAUGCAGUCAGAAAUAUCCGUCCUUCAUGCCAUGGACCCUUGGGUGUGUAUGGUGGAAUGAUUUACACAGGCAUAUUUUACUGGAUACUAAGAGGAAUGGAACCUUGGACCCUAAAGCAUCCAGGGACAGAUGCAAAGCGGCUAAAGCCAGCCAAAGACUGCACACCUAUUGAAUACCCCAAACCUGAUGGAAAAAUCAGUUUUGACUUGCUUUCAUCAGUGGCUCUGAGUGGCACAAAUCACGAACAUGACCAGCCAGCUCAUUUGACUUUGAAAGAUGAUAGUGUUCCUGUCAAUCAUAACUUAGCUCUAUACGAUGGACCUGAGCAACGAUUCUGCCCUGCAGGAGUUUAUGAAUAUGUUCCUGUGGAAACUGGAGAUGGAUUGCGGUUACAGAUAAAUGCUCAGAACUGUGUCCAUUGCAAGACAUGUGAUAUUAAAGAUCCCAGCCAAAAUAUUAACUGGGUUGUACCUGAAGGUGGAGGUGGACCAGCUUAUAAUGGAAUGUAGUCUUGAUCAAAACUAAAAGAACACCCUAGCUGCAGAACCAUACCACUUUGGGUUUGCCACAUUUUUCUCAAGAGCUGCUAUCAAUGGUCCUCUGUGAGGUUAGCAUUCUAUUGAAGGCUAAUCUGAAGCAGUAAAUGCAACUGUCAGCAUGUUCAGAUGUUCAGAUGCAAUAGAAAAGUACACUCAAAUAAGCCUAGGUCUAUCAAAGUGGAACAAGAACAGUUUGAGUACAAUCUGGUCUGAUUUGCCCAACCUCUCUAGUCCUGAACACUAAUAAUGGAUGUGACCCAGAGUAAAAUAUAUGAAAGCUGAAGGUUAAAUUUCAGUGGAUUUUGAUUGUAAAGAUUAGUCAGACAUCAAUCAUAUGUAACAUGAGGUACAGAGCACUGCUGGCUAGGGGUAGUUUGAUAUAACUUGAUUUUGUUCAAGUAAUAAAGAAUACUUUCCCUA